AAUUACUUUCCUCUCCCAACUUCUUCUUCAUCAGGGUGUCAACAUUGAUUGAUCAUUUCUCCCUGGUUUUGAUUUGCUUCUUAAAGUUUGAGUCGCCUUAUCAGAAUACUAGUCAUCCUUCUUUUCGGGCUUCUGUCUCAUCAUCCACAAAUGCUAGUAACAAAGAAUAGCCACAGAUUCUUUAAGUUCCGGACCGCAUCGGUAUUGCUGAUCAGUCCCUUUCUCUCUAGUCUUUGAAUGCCAAAACUAUCCUUGUUCACCAACAAAUAUUCCUUCCCGAUCUCAUUAGAAUUCUUGGGGAAAUCCCAUUUUUCCAAGAAAACUAGUGCUAUAGUCGAAGGUGUGCCAACAUUUCUACUUUCUUGGUUAAUUCCCGUGUCAAAUGUUAGCUUGCAAGGAGUACGACUUCUCACGUGCGGUGGUGGAGAUGGCAUGGAUCAUGCUAAGGAUUGACUACUCCAGGCUCUCUUGGCUCCUCUUUGGUGUCUUCUCCUACGAAAAUCAUGAAGGGAAGCCCCGGAUUUAGAUGCUCUUUUAUCUCCGUCGACCUACCAAUUACCCUUUUUAUAUUUAUGUUGACUUAAUAAUUUGUUUUCAAUUACCGCGUUUAUUCUUCCAAGUUUUUACAAGAUUUUCCGGGCUGCCACCUAAGUUUUGUGGAUAGCUCAAACAUGUAUCGAAAACAGUUCGAUGAAGCCAAGCUGCAGGAGAACGGAUACGUUGAAACCGAUCCUUCUGGUCGAUACGGUCGAGAUCUUGAAUUUCCAUUAACAUCAAUUCAAGGCAUGCAAUAAGCAUUCAAAAGUGGAAGCCACAGAAGAACAUCAAUGGAUGAAACGUAGCAAUCGUGAUACUAACACAAAAAAUUGUCACAGAACAUCAAAUAAUAAGCAGAAAUUUUCUUUUAAAGUUCUGAUGAAUUUUGAAGAAAUUCUCGGAAAAGGUGCAAUGAAAACGGUGUACAAAGCAAUUGAUGAGGUCCUUGGAAUGGAGGUGGCCUGGAACCAGGUAAAACUCAACGAGGUGCUCCGGUCGCCAGAGGAUUUGCAGAGGCUGUACUCUGAAGUUCACCUUCUUAGCACCCUCAAUCAUGACUCUAUCAUUAGAUUCUACACCUCCUGGAUCGACGUUGAUCGGAAGACCUUCAAUUUCAUCACUGAAAUGUUUACUUCAGGAUCUCUCAGAGAAUACAGGAAGAAAUAUAAACGAGUGGACAUCCGAGCAAUUAAGAAUUGGGCUCGCCAAAUAUUGCAGGGUCUUGUAUAUUUGCAUGGUCAUGACCCUCCAGUUAUUCACAGAGACCUUAAGUGUGACAACAUCUUUGUUAAUGGCCAUCUAGGACAAGUCAAGAUUGGUGAUUUGGGGCUUGCAGCGAUUCUCCGAGGAUCCAAAUCAGCCCACAGUGUCAUAGGGACCCCCGAGUUCAUGGCACCAGAAUUAUAUGAAGAGGAUUACAAUGAACUUGUUGAUGUCUACUCUUUCGGCAUGUGUGUUUUAGAGAUGCUUACAUCUGAAUAUCCAUAUAGUGAAUGUGCCAAUCCAGCUCAAAUUUACAAGAAAGUGACUUCGGGGAAGCUACCAGGGGCAUUCUACCAGAUUCAAGACUUGGAAGCGCAGAGAUUUAUUGGAAAAUGUCUAGUAAAUGCUUCUAAGAGAUUGUCAGCAGAAGAACUGUUGCUUGACCCAUUUCUCGCUAGUGAUGAAGCUAAAUUGUCACCCACGACGAGGCUUGGGAGUCCAAAGCCCUUUCUGAAUGAAAGGGAAAUGGAGAAAUUGCAUCUGAAUGAUAAUCCGUCAAGAACAGACAUGACAAUCACAGGGAAACUUAAUCCUGAAGAUGAUACCAUCUUUCUUAAAGUACAAAUUGCAGAUACAGAGGGUUCUGCUAGGAACAUAUAUUUUCCCUUUGAUAUUGUAAAUGAUACACCAUCGGACGUGGCAAUGGAAAUGGUGAAGGAGCUAGAGAUAACCGAUUGGGAGCCAUAUGAAAUUGCAGAAAUGAUUGAUGGUGAGAUUUCUGCUCUAGUACCACUAUGGAAAAAAUCGGACUUCCCUAGGAAUGAAGCCUACAGUACAUUUAACUACCAAGAAGACGAUGAUGGGUCUCAUCAUCCAUUUUGCUCUUUCUCCUCCUGUUCUUCAUCCCAAGUGUCACUGUCUGGCUUGAUGGCACGUGGCGGCAAUUGGCUCCCAGAUGAUUUGCUUGAUGAAACCAGUUCUCAGAGCUCUUCACACUCAGGAACAUAUAGUAACAUGAGUUACUUCUCUGGAGAUGACCACAAGCCUGAUACGAGCCUUACAACAAAGAGCAAACCUCUCAGCCCAAGAAUUCACAACUCAACUAGAUUUUGCAAUGAGGAAAGUUCAAGAAGCGGACAGUCAAUAGCUAGGAAUUGCUAUAACCAAUACAAGGCUUUGGAAUCACAUGCAUCUAAUCCUAAACAUAGAGGAGUGAUGGACCAGCGAAAAUUAACAAGGAAUCGGUCGCUAGUAGAUAUUAGGAGCCAACUGCUACACCGAUCAUUAGUGGAAGAGGUGAGUAAGAGACGGUUGUUUAAGACAGUUGGAGCCGUGGAGGAUAUUGGGUUUCAGGCACCUUGUGAGGUUCCCACAAAAAGGACGCAGAGGACUUCAGGGAAGAAACAUGUAAAAUUCUAGCUCUCACAAAUUUUGCAGGUCAAAUGAAAGGAGUGAUCAACAAGAAAAGCUUGACUCACUGGCUGGAUUGACCUCUUCAUUUUGUGGUCAGGGAGAUUCUGAAGUUCACAUUGAGGGUAACUGUCCGUAAGAUGGCUAACGCAAUUCAGUGUAAAUAUUAUAUAUCUUUGAUUAUGGAGUACUUUGUGUUAAAAUAGAGCCUGUUUCAGAAUAAGAUUUAUGAACAAUGAUGUUGGCAUUCUCUUUCA